UCACAACGAGCAGAAAUACAAUAGAGAGAGUGUUUAGAGAGCUUCGGUUUUCGCACAAAACCGCGAGUAUUGAGAGGAGCUGUUUUAUCCUGGAGACGACCGGUUGAUAGUCUGCCGUGCGCAUCGAAGGCAGUGCCGCGAACGUCUUAAAGAGAGCGACCUAGUCCGCGACUCAGCUCGAGAUCCGAUAACCUCGUUCCUUUUGUUGUUCUGUUCCUAACAAGAACUAGCACAGACAUGCUAUCGUUUUCAGUCCAAGAGCGGGAAGACGACGGAUUUAAGAGGCUGCGGCGGUGGCUGUCUCCGUUUCGGGGAAGGAACACGGAGAAAGGCCAAGGCUUUCCCCGGUGUUUAAUCAUAGGCAGGGGAAAGCACUGCUGUUGUGUCGAGACGAUGGCAUCCAACAAUGUUUCUGGCUCGGAGAAGAUCGACCGCAUUAGCGCGUUGCCUGAUGGGAUCCUUGUUGAGAUUCUUUCUCUCCUGACCCUCAUAGAAGCAGUCAGGACCUCAGUCCUCUCUCAGAGGUGGAUUGAUGUAUGGAAGUUUGUUCCGGACUUGGACUUCCAUGCUUUAGCUGUGAGGCUUCGUGCUGUGGCGAUAAACGGUCGCUUGGAAGUACGGCUCCUCACAGGGGAUGAGGUUCGUCUCCAGAAGCACGUUUCAGGGGUUAAUCAGGUCUUGGAACAGCAUCGAAGUCCAAAAGUGAAUCACUUCCGAUUAUCGUUGGAGUUAAAUUAUGUAUCAAAUCCUGAUGCCGAUAUUGACAGGUUGAUGGUGUUUCCAAUCUCGAAAAGAGUCGAGAGGCUAGAACUGGAUUUCGGGGAUUCACCUCCUGGAAAAAGAUCCUGUGUUCUCUCAGAGCCCUCUCUGAAUUACAUCAGAACAGCCGAGGGAUUGUCGAAUAUCCGGUUCCUCAAAUCCUUGAUACUGAAACAUGUUGAUUUAGGGAGUGACACCCUUGAGCAUUUCCUUUGCAACUGUCCUCUGCUUGACAAGUUGGUGGUCUGGGGGUCUUAUUAUAGUUUAGUAAAUUUUAAGGUACCGGCUGGCACUGGGUUGAAGCACUUGGAUGUUAACCACUGUAGCCAUCUGAAAGCGAUGGAAAUCCAUGCGCCUAAACUCAAGUACUUGAGAUAUGCAGGUCCGAGGAUUGAUCUUCGUAUGGAAAAUGUGUGUUCGAGUAUCCUCGAAUUGGAGUGGCAUAUAUGGUUGAAUGACUACUCGGUUCUCCAUCCUCCUAACAUGUUCACUCAGUUAGAGGCCCUCACUUUGAUGAUUUCCACUGAUCGAAGGGCAUGCUUUCUCGAUUCAGUCGAGGAUUUAGCAUCUCUGAAGCAGCUGACUGUGUUCGUGGAUGGUCGGUGUGAUGCUUGUGCGCUGGGCCUCAUUCCACUAAUAAACUCUUGUCCUUGUUUGCAUCAUUUGUCAAUCAGGCUGUUGACAUGCGGAGACAGCAGGGAGCUUGUUGCGCCGACUGGUGAGGUGGAGAUGAAAAGGGAGAGCGUCAGAUUGGUGGAAGUAACUGGCUUUGCUGGUGCUUCUGCUUUCUCGCUUGGCACUCAUUUUGUGGACUAUGCGAUCAGGAACUUUGUCAUGCUUGAAAAAUUAGUUCUUGAUCGCCGUAUGCACCCGUGCCACGGAAACGAGAUAACACAGCCCUUGAGCAAGGAUGAUGAAGAUGCAGAUGCGUGCCUUGAGGGGCUGAAACCCAAACUACCCUCAAAUAUUGAACUCGUCACCAUUUAAAUAGAACUUUUUUUCAAAUUUACUGGCUUUGCUGCCCCUGUUGUCUUGGGCCUGUACUUCGACUGGGAUGCACAAUGCUGUAUCUAUCAACUUUUAUUUAUUGAGUUGCAAUAAGAAGAGUUUUUUUUUUCUUUUCAGAUUUGAGUCUGAACCAUGAAAUAUGAAUGAAUAUUUCGAUUAGUG